CGCACAGCCGCGGACACGCAGGGCCACGGCAGACGGGAGCGGACCGACAACCACGCCGCCGCAAAACCUUCCCGGCCGUCAUUUUGGGGCAGAAAAAGAGAGACGAUUUCAACUCAACCUCGUGUAUAAAAAAGAUUUCCAUCCGAGGAAAAAUCUCCGUUUUUGUGGGGGGGACGGGACGGUAGGACCCAUUUCUGUCGGCAAACUCCUUCCCUUGAAAGUACUGACAAUUUCUAAGGGGCCACUGACUGCUUCUUCUUUUAUUUUAUUUUUUUUAUUACCAUUAUUUGUUCCGGGGUGAUCAGUGCGCCAUGGAGAACGCUCACACGAAGAGCGUGGAGGAAGUUUACAGUCAUUUCUGCGUCAACGAGAGCACCGGACUUUCUCUGGACGAGGUCAAGCGACUAAAGGAGAAAUGGGGCCUGAACGAGUUACCAGCGGAGGAAGGAAAGUCUCUAUGGGAGCUUGUCAUUGAACAGUUUGAAGAUUUACUUGUUCGAAUCCUUCUGCUGGCUGCGUGCAUAUCAUUCGUCCUGGCCUGGUUUGAGGAGGGAGAAGAAACCAUCACUGCGUUUGUUGAGCCUUUCGUAAUCUUGCUCAUUCUCAUCGCCAAUGCCAUUGUCGGAGUGUGGCAGGAACGCAACGCUGAAGACGCCAUUGAGGCCCUGAAGGAGUAUGAACCUGAGAUGGGGAAAGUGUACAGGCAGGACAGGAAAACCGUGCAGAGGAUCAAAGCCAAGGACAUUGUGCCUGGUGACAUCGUGGAGGUGGCUGUUGGAGACAAAGUGCCUGCUGAUAUCCGCAUCUGUUCAAUAAAAUCAACCACUCUGAGGGUCGAUCAGUCCAUUCUGACAGGUGAAUCUGUCUCAGUCAUCAAACACACUGACCCGGUGCCAGACCCUCGGGCAGUCAACCAAGACAAGAAGAACAUGCUCUUCUCUGGUACCAACAUUGCAGCUGGCAAGGCUGUUGGAGUGGUUGUGGCUUCUGGUGUUAACACAGAGAUCGGUAAGAUCCGUGACGAGAUGGCAGCCACAGAGCAGGAGAAGACUCCCCUGCAGCAAAAGCUGGAUGAAUUUGGUGAACAGCUGUCCAAGGUCAUUUCCAUUAUCUGCAUUGCCGUGUGGAUCAUCAAUAUCGGACACUUCAACGACCCCGUCCAUGGAGGUUCCUGGAUCCGCGGGGCUGUCUACUACUUCAAGAUUGCAGUGGCGCUAGCUGUAGCCGCUAUCCCUGAAGGUCUUCCUGCUGUGAUCACCACGUGCCUGGCCCUGGGUACUCGCCGUAUGGCCAAGAAGAACGCGAUUGUCCGCAGCCUGCCCUCUGUGGAGACCCUGGGCUGCACCUCUGUCAUCUGCUCUGACAAAACCGGCACCCUGACCACCAACCAGAUGUCCGUCUGCAGAAUGUUCAUUGUCAACAAGGCGGAAGGGAACAGCUGCUCUCUGUCAGAGUUCAACAUUACAGGUUCUACCUACGCACCUGAGGGAGACGUGUACCAUGAUGCCAAACAAGUGAGGAGCUCCCAGUAUGACGGUCUAGUUGAGCUGGCUACCAUCUGUGCUCUGUGUAACGACUCCUCGCUGGACUUCAAUGAGGUGAAGGGCGUGUACGAGAAGGUCGGUGAGGCCACCGAGACGGCGCUGACUUGUCUGGUGGAGAAGAUGAACGUCUUUGACACUGACGUUCACAACCUGUCCAAGAUUGACAGAGCCAACGCUUGCAAUUCAGUGAUCAAACAGCUGAUGAAGAAAGAGUGUACGCUGGAGUUUUCCAGAGACAGAAAGUCCAUGUCUGUCUACUGCACCCCAAACAAGUCUCGCUCUUCCAUCGGGAAGAUGUUUGUUAAGGGUGCUCCAGAGGGCGUCAUUGACAGAUGCAGCCAUGUAAGAGUUGGCAACAACAAAGUGCCUCUCACUGGAGCCAUUAAGGAGAAGAUUUUGUCUGUCAUUCGUGAAUAUGGGACAGGUCGUGACACCCUCAGGUGCUUGGCUCUGGCCACAAGAGACAACCCACCAAGAUUUGACGACAUGGUUCUGUCGGACACUAAUAAAUUCGUAGAAUACGAGACUGACCUCACCUUCGUCGGCUGCGUUGGCAUGCUGGACCCUCCCCGACAGGAGGUGGCCGCCUCCAUCAAGCUGUGCCGCCAGGCUGGCAUUCGCGUCAUCAUGAUCACCGGGGACAACAAGGGGACAGCUGUGGCCAUCUGUCGCCGCAUUGGCAUCCUGGGCGAGGACGAUGACGUCGAGCAUAAGGCCUUCACUGGACGCGAGUUUGAUGAACUGUCACCCUACGCCCAGAAGGAGGCUGUGACUCAUGCACGGUGCUUCGCCCGCGUCGAGCCCUCUCACAAGUCCAAGAUCGUCGAGUUCCUGCAAGGAUUUGAUGAAAUUACUGCCAUGACAGGAGAUGGAGUGAACGAUGCUCCUGCUCUGAAGAAGGCAGAGAUCGGCAUCGCUAUGGGCUCUGGCACUGCCGUGGCCAAGUCAGCCUCGGAGAUGGUCCUCGCUGAUGACAACUUCUCCUCCAUAGUGGCCGCCGUGGAAGAGGGCAGAGCUAUUUACAAUAACAUGAAGCAGUUCAUCAGAUACCUUAUCUCCUCCAAUGUGGGUGAGGUUGUCUGCAUCUUCCUCACCGCGGCUCUGGGCUUCCCUGAGGCUCUGAUCCCGGUUCAGCUGCUCUGGGUCAAUCUGGUAACAGACGGCCUCCCUGCCACCGCCCUCGGCUUCAACCCACCAGAUCUGGAUAUCAUGGAGAAGCCUCCUCGCAACGCCAAGGAGCCUCUGAUCUCUGGAUGGCUCUUUUUCAGAUACCUGGCCAUAGGAGGUUAUGUGGGGGCUGCCACCGUGGGAGCCGCUGCCUGGUGGUUCACCGUCUCUGAGGACGGACCACAGAUCACCUUGUACCAGCUGAGCCAUUUCCUCCAGUGUGCCCCGGACAACCCAGAUUUCGAUGGCUUGGACUGCCACGUGUUUGAGUCGCCCUACCCGAUGACCAUGGCCCUUUCCGUGCUCGUCACAAUUGAGAUGUGCAACGCGCUGAACAGUCUGUCAGAGAACCAGUCCCUGCUGCGGAUGCCUCCCUGGGAGAACAUCUGGCUGCUCGGAGCCAUCUGCCUCUCCAUGUCUCUGCACUUCCUUAUCCUCUAUGUGGAACCUCUACCUGUCAUCUUCCAGAUCACCCCUCUGGACACCACCCAGUGGAUGAUGGUGCUGAAGAUCUCGCUGCCUGUCAUCCUGCUGGACGAGCUGCUAAAGUUUAUGGCCAGGAACUACUCUGAUUUCGGUAAUCAGCUGGAGAAGCCGACCAGCAAAGGCUGCUCCCUGUCUGCAUGCACUGAGGGCAUCUCCUGGCCGUUCGUGGCCGUCUCCCUGCCCCUGGUGCUGUGGAUCUACAGCACCGACACUAACAUGACCGCCAUGUUGUGGCCCUGACUGACUCCAGAACACGACCCUCCCUGUGCACCAGUGUGAAGUGGACUUUUAACACACAUAUCCAACAAUUGCAUUAACCCUGAGUAACUCACUGUUAACAUCAGCUCUGAACCAGGUCAGAUCUGAUGUAUUUAAUAUAUUUCUUUUUUUUUUGUUUGUUUUGGGGGAGGGGUUUGGUCACAUUUAACAAUUUUAAUUAAUGUUACAUCUAAAUGUGUUAAUUUAUCAUCACCCUUAAUUCCUCUUUGACCCCUAUUGUGGACCAUCAGAAAAGCCCAUGGUGUUGGAGGUGUGUAUUGAACUGUACAGAGAAUUUACAAUAUUUUAUGAAAUUAAUAUUUUGUAACUUUGGGGAGGGGUUUUGGGGAUGAGAAUGCUCAGUGUAAAGAAGAUAACAUUUCUGAUGACCGAAGAGUAUAAUACUAAUUUGAGGGCAAAGACUUGAAUGAUUUGCCCUGGCACAAAUCUCUUAGAUUGUUUUUGUAAUUAUUAUUACUAUUAUUAUUAUUAUUAUUUUGUACUCCAUGUAUCUUCUUCAUUAACAGUUAUUUUCUGCAUUAGGCAGAGAACAGCUACCUCAAUGCUGUUAAUAAGACCAUAAGUACUAAUUAGUCUGAUCAGUUUUACAGAUUAUCAUUAGAAGUGUUGAGGUAAGCGCCAAUUUGUUUUACAGUUAAGAUAAAACUCUUUUUUUAUCAGUAGUUUCUUUUAUUAUUUAAGAGGAGGGAGGACAAUGGUGUGUUACCACUUUGAUUCAGAGCAGUUUUUGAUACAUUGUUUUCUCUUCUUUUUUUCCCCUUGAUUUUUCUUUUUUAAGUUUAAUUUUCAUAAGAUUCAGUCUUAGUUUUAUUCUUAUAUUUACAUCUGAAAGCCACUUCAUGUAGCAAUAUCAGUUCUGACCGGAUGGGAGCAACAUAUCUUGUAAAACGCAACACGGUGCACCCCCACCACCCCGACCCCACCCUGCAUCACCUUCAGCAGUCAACACAACACAGCCGCUCUUUACGCACCCCUUGUGGUCAGAAGAAGUACUGCUACAGGUUGGCUUUAAAUACAGUAGUCUUUGUAAUGUAUGUAAAAUGUGCACAUACUGUACUUGAAUAUGUAAAAAAAAAAAAAAAAAGAAAGAACCACCGAGAAGCUGUUAGCCUUAUCAACUGAGCACAACAUAAACAAGACUCUGAAAGGUUGAGACAAAUGUUCAUUAAGAGUUUGUAAAUCUGUAUAUAGCACAGAAACUAGAACCUAUGUGUAGUUCAAAAUGCUCCAUACAUUUACUCUAGUUUACUUAUGCAUGGACUUCUCCUUCUGCAUGUGUACGUCUACGAUGCCAGGCCAGUGAGGGCUUUGAGUGUUUUGGGGUUGGUUUUUUUUUUUUUUUUUUUGGUUUUU